UAUUAAGAAGAAGAACAUGAUAAAGCAGCAAUUAUAUCUAUGAUAAGAUCAUGGAGAUUGGAAGACACCCUCUUCUUCACCAUUCAAUCUAGGUGGCAUCGUCUUCCUCAUGAUCAUGAUCAUCAUAGCCUUCCAUCUUCAUGUGGAAAUAUAGCUAAUAUAAGCUACCCUGUUUGACUCCUAACGGAUCCUCCAAACUACUGGGAUCUAAGGUACAAUCUAUCAUUUACUUCUUCCUCCUCCCCCAUAAUGAAGAUUGGAAGACCCUCUUCAUCAUUCAUACGCCUAGGCUGCUUCAUCUUUCUUGUUUUGAUAGUUUUCCAUUUUCAAACUAGCUGUGCAAAAGUUUGCCCUGCAUCUUCAUGUGAAACUAUACCCAAUAUAAGCCACUCUUUUCGACUCCAAACCGAUCCACCAAACUGUGGGAAGAAAAGGUAUGAACUAUCUUGCGAGAAUAACAACCGUUCUACUGUCUUAUACUUGUAUUCAGGAAAAUACUAUGUCCACGCAAUCAAUUACGAUAACUACACAAUCCGACUGGCUGAUGUCAAUAUUGACAAGGCUAAUUGCUCCUCAGUACCUCCUUACUCUUUGUCCAAUUAUAACUUCACUUACAAAGGUCCAUAUUUAAUUGGGAUAGAUAAAGGCAAUGGAUCAUAUUUUGAUACGACAUAUGAGGUAGUCUCGGAGGCUAUAACUUUCAUCAAGUGUGAAAAUCAAGUUGAGUCGCCUCUUUACAUACCCACUGCUCCGUGCAUUAUUAAUAGAGUGGUGCUCCUAGUACUACUUUAUCCAAAGAGGAAUACUACUCUUAUGUGAAGUUUGGUAGAACAAAUAUGUCGGAGUUUAAAGAAUCU